AUUGUUUGCAUGUCACACAGGGAGGACUGGUUAGCUGAGGUGUGUCCUGGUUUAACCAUUAACCUCAGACUUAAUCCAGUGAGGGUCCUCUGUUGACCUCCUCGAAUCACUAACUUCUGGGAGUUUCACUUGAGCCUCCGUAACACUUUACUUUUUUGCCUUUUUUGGAUUUUGCGUUUUGUUCUUUGGGGAAAUGUUGGAAAAAAUCUUAGUCCUGCUCUGUUUGUCCUCUGCUUUGGCACAGGAGCUCUGUGAACCAGAUAAUUCAUUUGCCACUCAAGUGCGACUCAGCAUCAAAACCGCUCUGGGAGAUAAAGCUUACGACUGGAACGACAAUGAAAUGUACUUUUUCCGAGCGACUCUGGCUUUUGCCAUGAGGAAUCAUUUCAGCGGCCAGGAAUUUAAUGUGUCGAACAUCCUUGUAUGUAAGGAGACCGUCAGAGUGUCCUUCUGGUUCGUGGUGACGUCACCGUUGAACCCUUCAAACCUUGUUCCUAAAGGAGACGUGGACAAGGCCAUAAGAAAGUCCAGGAACCGCAUCAACAGCGCAUUUCUUCUAACUGAUAAAACUCUGGAGUUCAUCAACAUCCCUCCCACAAUGGCAGCACCAGUCAACCCUGACACUCCUCCAUGGCUCAUUGUGUUUGGGGUGGUCAUGGGCGCUGUGGGUGCUGGGAUCGUCGUUCUGCUUGUGUCGUCUCUGGUCCAAAAGAAACGCAAGAAGAACAAGAAAAAUGACGAUGAGGACGACGAAGAAGACACACGAGCGAAAACGGUGGAAAAUGGCGCUGUGAGCGAGGGUGUUAACAACAUGUCUUUCUCAGAUGACGAGCGAUUCACACAGAUGUGAAACUAUGGAAACUCUUCUACGUCAGCAAAGUUAUGAAGUUGCUCCAGGUGGACUUCUGUUGCACCGUGAUCUUCAAUCUGCAGAAUCAUUUUAAAACUGUAAUUCAUCAGAAAUGUUUGAUUUAAAGGAGCAGUGUGUCAAAUUUAGUGGCUUCUAGUGGUGAGGACUGCAGACUGCAACCAGCUGAAACAUCCCCCUUGUACCAGGCGUCAACUCCUGGUUAGAAUUCCUUUGGUGUUCAUUGCUCAGGAGGUUUUUACUGGGAGCCGAACUAUCCGCAGAGGUCUCUUCUUCUCAAAAAACAAACGGUCCAGGUGAUUAAAACCAGUAAAAACACAGAAUAAAGCAGUUUCACUUUACAUAUCAGUGUUUCUGCGGCGCUGUUUGGCUCGUCACAGACGGGCCCGUAGAGCAGCACCUGCUAAUGUGUGCUCAUCUAAUUUCUCUGAUGAAUUAAGAUCCAGGGACCUGUUGCACAAAACACCUUCAGUUAAGAUUUUCCUUCAAGUCAGAGUUAAGUUUCCUCAAAAUGAAAUCUGUUGCACAAAACACCCUCAAGUCUUCUCCUUAAGAUUUCCUUUAAAUGUUCACUAUUAUCUGACUAUUGGCCAAUUUUGUGAGACAAUAACAGGCAUCACAAACAUAAGUCCAAGCAAACAAACAAUCUCCAUGGAAACUUAAACUGCUGUAAAAUCUCUUCCAACACAGUAAAUGAGUUAAUGUUUUUCUUGAACUCAUGAAACUUUUAAAGGGAUUCUGUGCAACUAUGUAAGUCCCUCAGGUGAGGAGAAAUUAAGCCUUAAGUGUCACACUUGAGGGGAAAACUUCAGGGGCCAUAUUCACAAAAUAUUCCUAGUCGAAGAGUUGCUCUUUGCGAUAAAAUUCUUAGAAAAAUCUUAUAAUUUAUAUGUUUUCCUAGAAUUUUCCCUUAAAGUUAAGACUAGGUCCUUGUAAAGAUAGAAGUUAUUCACAGCCUUAGACCUUAAAAGAGCUCCUAAGGUGAAAAACUGUUUGGAAUAGGGAUGAGGACUUUAAAAGUUUCUUAAUCUGAGGAGAAAAUGUGGAAACACAAAGAGGUCCAAGAGAUAUUCUCCAAACACUGGAUGACAGUGAGUAAAUGAAAUGCUACAGAUUAGAUCGUGCAGGUGUUAUGUUAGUGGUCGAUCUCAUUAAGGAUACGCACACAUCUCCCACCUAACAUCAUAACACAAGAAAUGACCAGCACUAAGCCUUCCAUCAGCAGAGUGAUCACAUGAACAAUGGCAGCACUGUCACAGUCAGCAGUUCAUUUCAUCUCCACUGGGUGUCCACACCUUACAGGCUCACAAAGGGGUGUGUCUGUGACAACCAAU